UAUUUAGUUGUCAAAUUGAUACGGAUUGUGAUAGUUGUGCGAAAAUUUAAAAUUAUUAGUGCUAAUAACGAUCGUUUCCGAUUUAUUUAAUCGUUAAACAAUGAGUGUGGAUUUGGAGUUCGAUUAUGAUGCUGCUACGGCGGCAAUGGAUAUAUUUUCACAGGAGCAUAUCGAUGAAUUAAAGGAAUGGACGCAAAAAUUGGAUAAAUCAAAAUACGUGCCGAAAGAUUUAUCAAACAAACAACUUCUUUUAUUUUACAAUGCUUGUUAUGGUGAUAUCGAAAAAACGAAAGUAUGUAUGGAGAGAUAUUAUAAUAUAAGGAAGAACACUCCAGAUAUUUUUGAUGAUAGAUUCCUCGGCCUGGAUGAUGUAAAAGCGACUGCUGAAGUUCUGGAGUACUCCGUGCUGCCGGGCAAGUCGUGCAAGGGUUACGACAUCAUAUUCCAUCGACUGCAUAUCACCGAGCCGUCCAGGUACUGCCUCGAGCCCGCCUGCAAACUCCUGUUCAUGACCGUUGAUGCCUGUCUAUACAAAAGAGGUCCACAACCCGGGUACAUAUUCCUGUUCGACAUGCGUGGGGUCAGGCUGGGACAUUUGACAAGGAUCAGUUUAUCCUUUCAAAAGGAUAGACAGAGGUCUCUGCGCAAGUUCUUUCAGUACGUGCAAGAGGCGAUGCCGGUGCGAAUGAAAGAGAUACACGUGUUGAACACAGAGCCCGUGGUCGACAAGCUGAUGCUGCUCAUCCGACCAUUCUUGGACAAGAAGUUCUUUGAUAUGAUAAAAUUCCAUCACAAGAACGAGGACCUGGAGGGUUUCUACGACACGAUCAUACCUCGUUCCUCCCUCCCGCCGGACUACGGAGGCACCCUACCCGACACCAGAACCCUCCACAUGAAAUGCAUCCAGCAGCUCAAAGACAUGGAGAAUUAUUUUACAGCCGAAGAACAGCAGAGAGUGAACGCCCUACCUGAUAAGAAACGGGAGAAACACAUGGAGAAGGCGUUUAAGAACCUCGAUAUUGAUUAGGUGCUGGCGGUUAUGUAAGCGGCGGUCGGAACGCGGCGGUUAAACGCGGCGGUUGGACGCUGAUUUCUAUGUGAUUGUUUGGUUUCGUUGUAUCUGAUGAAUUACAAAUUGAUAUAUUAUAUUCCAAACUAUUUGGUAGUGCUUGUUGUAUGCGAAAGUGCAUUUUUGGCUAAGUUCUCGUGAGAUUUGAUCGCGAAACUAUCAGUGUAAUUUUCAAAAACAGCGAUGUAAUGAGAUGCUCUCUAUAGUUCAAAGGUCUUCCAAAAGCCAGUUCGUUUGGUACAUUUCCCAUUUUUUGAUACACGUUAUCCAACCAUAAUGUAAAAAUUUCAUUUUAAAUAAAAGAAAGAGAUCAACGUUUGUUGAAACUCAAAUAUCAAACGACAUUCGAAAGCGCGGGAUUCAAAUAGAAUGCGUCAUAGUAGUAUUAUUAUUCAAAUUAAGAAUAUAUCACUAUUCAAAUUAAGAAUUCCAAUUUCGAAACAAAGUCAAUUAAUGCCGAUGUUGCCAUAGCGCUGUGUUAGAUGUUAAAUUUAGGCUAAACUACACGCAUAGAGAAUAUAUUAUGAUCUGCACUUUUAGAUUAAUACUAAUGGGUAGAUAUAAUGUGUAUAUUUUGACGAGUUAUCGAUUUAUUUAUAUAUAUAUAUUUUAAACAUGUUGAAUUGUCCGUUCGUUUGCUAGUCAGGUACGUCAUCCUAUACAAUAUAAAUAUUUUUAUACAAAAAUAACAUGACUUAAUAUGUAAAAAAUUAAAAAAAAAGUUUCCCUAAGUACGCAAAUAUGUAUGUAAAUUUUAACACAACAAUGAUAUACAAUAUAUUGACAAGAAAGCUCCCGCUAGCCAGCCUAGUAGCUAUUGUUGUACUUAGCUAAUUUAAAAUUAAAAAAAAUAUAUGUGAAUUUCUCUUUAGUGUACUUAAAUAAGGGUUUGAUGCACUUUUAAGACACAUUGAUUAUUUCAAAUGACAUAAUAGAAUACUAUAAUAAUGUUAUAGUGGUAAUAUAAUAUAGUGUUUCGUUUAAUUCCUUAAAAUUUUGUUGUCAAUUUGAUACAGUGCAGAAGACUGGUUAUUUUGCCUCGUGUGAAAUGCAGAUGUAUUGCCAUUUUACCCCACAAUGGGUAAUCAAUAUUAUAAUAAUUUACUUUUUUUAUCAAAACAUUAGUUUAAAAUAUGACAUUAGAAAGUUAAGGGUACAUGCGCCUUUGCUAAGGGGUGUAGGGUGUAUUAAGUUAUAUAAACAGUCAAACCUUGCCUUUGUCAUUUGCUAACAACCAUAUUGUUUAUAUAUUAUGUUUAUCCGAAAGUGUUGAAUAAAAGCUUCUUAAAGGAUAAAUUACUCUCUGAUAAUUAAUCUCUGAUACAAGGAGAACAUUGUACAAGUGUGUAUGUAUUUUAACCUAAAACUAGUAAACAUUAUUUUAACAAAAUAAAAAAAGAAUUAUACGGAAAAUUUAAACAUUUUACUUAUCAAACUUAUAUACUUCACAGGGCGCAGUGGUUAUUGCUUUGACGUUUAGGGGUGUGGGCUCGAUACUUAUAAAAUAAUCUGUAAUGUUGUUUAAAGUGAUUUUAUGUUACCACUUACCAUAGUGCAAGUUUUACUUAAUUAGGCACUAGAUGGCGUUGUGAAAAGUUUCUGAAAUAAUUUACAAUUUUAAAACAUUCCAUUAUAAAUUUUAUUGAAAAAAAUAUUCUAAUUUGUUCUUGUUACGUCUAGUACGCUAUGCCAUGAUAUAGCAGAUGUAAAAAUAAGUACUUUUAUAGUUAUCCCGUUUGAGUUACUGUGUUAGACGUCUCUUAUUUAUUUGUUAAAACAUUGUUGAUUUUAUUAAAUUUCUCUAUUUUAAUUUUAUGCAAAUUUUGCAUUUAAAGAGAGAAAAAAUAGUUAUUUAGACAUUGCAUUGUGAUAAAUUUCGAUAGGUGUACAUUGUACAUGUUACCUCUAAGUAAAUUUAAAUUUAAAAGUAAUUAGAUUAUAUUACGGUGAAGGUAUUUCUUUAUCAAAUUUGUACAGCUUAGGAAUAGGUUCAGGGAACCAGUUUGUGAUUUGUCGUAGUCAAAAUAAAUUAUUUUUAUUUGCCGUUA